AUGUGCACUACAUUACAACCAGCUUAUAUAGAAGCUAGCAUUCUUAAAGGUUUACCUCGUGACUAUCAGCCGUUUGUGGUUGUUCUAACAACUAUGCAAAAAUCGGUAACUCUUGAUGCUUUAUACACUAUGUUGAUGGAUGCUGAAACGCAGUUGGCAUGUUUUGGUGAGUCACUUGAGCCUUUUCCUAUGAGUGCUCAUAUGGUUGAAGGGAAAGUUUCAGGAGGAUUUGAAGAUCAGUCUGACUCGAGGUCAUCUUCUCGACAGUCGUACUCUUGUGGAAGGUUUUCUAGUCGAGGAAGGGGUCAAACAAGGCUGCAGUGUCAACUGUGUGGAAAAAAUAGAUAUCUGGUCGAUCAAUGUUGGCAUCGAUUUGAUGAAAACUUUCCUGGUGUUACUGCCAAUAGCAACUCAUAUUCAAAAGAUGAUUCCAGUGUUGCUUAUUAUUCUGUGAAUGACAACAAGAGUACUGGAUGUGCUACACAUCAUGUUACUUCUGAUGGUGUGAACAUUAGUCAAUCAGUUGAUCUUGAUAAUCCAGGUAAACUUCUUGUCGGUAAUGGAGUUGCUUCAGAAGUUGAAUUUGUUGGCUAUGCAUCUUUGAAUUCAUCCUCUCGACUAUUAUUGUUAACUGAUUUGUUGCAUGCACCACAAAUAACCAAGAAUCUGCUCUCGGUGUCAAAGCUUGCUAGGGAUAAUAAUGUCUUUCUCGAGUUUCAUUCUCAUGAAUGCUUUGUUCAUGAUGAGAAGUCUGGUGCAGUCUUACUUCGAAGCUGA